UGCAGUGCAGAUUAGGGUCUUUCAGAAUGGGGAGACCACAUGUGCUGCUGCUCCCAUUUCCUGCACAGGGCCAUGUCAAGCCACUCAUGGAGUUCGCCCAUCGCCUGGCAGAGGAAGGCUUCAUGGUCACCUUUGUCAAUACCGAUUUCAUUCACUCUCGCAUAGUGAAGUCGCUUCCAGAGACCUUCACCAGCGAGUACAGUGGGAGUAUACGCUUGACAUCCAUACCGGACGGUGUGGACUCUCAGGAAGAUCGAUGGAACUUCAAAGAAAUGUCGAAUGCCAUUCUCCAUGUCAUGCCCAGGUUCUUAGAAGAGCUCAUUCUGAAGAUCAAUGAGGACGAAAAGGGAAAGAUAACGUUCAUGAUAGUUGAUGGCAUGAUCGGUACUCUUCUGAGCGUUGCAGUGAAGCUAGAAAUCAGGAGAGCAGUGUUCUGGCCGGCUUCCGCUUGGUUCUUAGCCAUCUUCAAAAAGAUUCCUUUGUUGCUUGCCUCUGGAACCAUAGAUGAAAACGGUACAUUGAAUCUGUCUGCUCUUUGUCUUGUUUCAGAAGACUGGAGCUGCCUUGACUGGCUUGAUCAGUGGCCUGCCGGCUCAGUAAUCUAUGUCUCACUGGGCAGCACCACCAUGCUCAACCAGCGCCAAAUUGACGAGCUAGCACUCGGUCUCGAGCUUACCGGCAGGCCCUUCCUUUGGGUUUGCCGGCCGGGCGUCAUGGAAAAACAAGAUGCGCUGUACCCUGAAGGAUUCAUGGACCGGAUAACAAGGCACGGACUCGUCGUGGGAUGGGCGCCGCAGCAGGAGGUGCUGGCACAUCCAUCUGUAGCCUGCUUUCUAACCCACUGUGGUUGGAAUUCGACCAUGGAAGGGCUGAGCAAUGGAGUGCCCAUGUUGUGCUGGCCUUACAUUGGUGACCAAUUUCAAAACCAAAGUUGCAUAGUUCAUAUUUGGAAGGUGGGACUGAGCGUGACACAGGUCUGUGAUGAGCUUGUUACUAAGGAAGAAAUCAAGAGCAAGUUGGAGGCUUUGUUAAGUGAUCAUGGCAUCAAAGAGAGGGUCGUUGAGUUGAAGAAGCAUGGCGAGAUGAGCAUGAUAGAGGGCGGUGAUUCUUUUAGGAGAUUCCAUGAUUUUCUCUCUGUCAUAAAAGUUGUCGAGAAGUGCUCGGCCGAGCGUGGAGCCAGCAGGUGGCCAAGGGCUGAAGGCGAGAUAGAGGCCAUUCCCGCGACAGCAGGGCAGCUACCCAUGCCGAGGAUGGCCGAAGGUGUCGACCACGGCACCCACGUGCGUCGGGUCAAGAGCCGAGAAGUGCUCGGCCGAGCGUGGAGCCAGCAGGCGGCCAAGGGCUGAAGGUGAGAUAGACGCCAUUGCCACGACAGAAGUGCUCGGCCGAGCGUGGAGCCAGCAGGCGGCCAAGGGCUGAAGGCGAGAUAGAGGCCAUUGCCGUGACAGCAGGGCAGCUAACCAUGCCGAGGAUGGCCGAAGGUGUCGAGACCCUCAAAAGAGCAGUUGUCGAGGGGGCUGGCAAAAAUUGAGCAGGAAAAUAAAGCUACUACUGUCAGGGAGGUUCCAUAUGAAGAAUUGAUAUGGAAAUUUGGUGCAGGAAGGCAAGAAAUUGUAGAUGGAUGGGGUGAUAGAAAUCUGAGUUGUUUCUAAGUUGAACUUGAAAUAGAAAUUAAUUUUUAAUAAUGAUUUAUUUUAACAUUUAAUUAAGAACUUUAUUUUGAUUUGCAGGUUGGGAAGGCACGAAAGGAAAAGAAAAAAUGGAUGAAGUUGGUAUUGGUACUUAAUUAAGAACUUUAUUUUGAUUUGCAGGCUGAGAAGGCAUGAAAGAAAAGAAAAUGUGGAUGAAGUUGAAGCUAUGCCUUGCUAGAUAAUAGAAUCUUGGAAGUGUCUGACAAUGAAUAGCCAUCAUUUUUUUUCUUAGUCAGA